UCAAUGCUUGUUUUACGAAAACGCCGUAGGCUCGGGUUCGGGAUACUGACAUGCAGAGGACAUUCGGGUGUGAGAAAUGUGACAUCGUCCCUAGGCCCUGGGGUGUUUGGGUGUGGUAUAAAGAAAUAAAACAUGUUUCUGAGGCAUUCCUUCUGUCAACUGUGCAGACGAGAUUUUGUUCAUCCUCUCCCAUCGUUCGAAAAUUUGGGUAAAAGAACAAUCUCUAUAGAUUUUCAAGGAAGACCUCAGUUUCGGGGAAAGACAGAUAGUGAGAGAGCUAAGUGGCUUAAGGACAACAUUCCAAGAGCACUCAGGAAAAUAGACAGGUCAAUCAAAGAAACGCUUUCCUGUAAAAAUAAACUCGUAGUGCUUCAUGGUGAAUAUGAUUACUUCUGGAAAUUUGACAGUGAGGAUAAGUUGAAUGACUGGAUUGUGACAACAGACUCCGAUAACAAGCAGGGGUUCAGUCGAGCAUAUCUGGCUCUCAGUAGAAAUAAGAGGGCCCUGUUUUACGGAAACUUGAACACAGAAGUGCCAAAAGAUGGAGAGCAAACCAGGGCAGGUUACUGUCAACUCAGAAGUCCUGUUUGUCAGACAAUGCGUAUGAACUACGACUGGUCCGACUUUACCCACCUUGUGAUACGUAUGAGGGGAGAUGGACGUGCGUAUGGUCUGGGCUUACAGACGAAUUAUAAGAGGACGGGCGUGGUGGACUUUACGAUGGGACUGACCGCUAAUGACCAGUACCACUAUCCCAUGUUUACCCGAGGAGGUCCAUACUGGCAAAUUGUUAAGAUUCCAUUCAGCAAGUUUUACUUAAGCCACAAGGGUACAGUACAAGAUAAGCAAUCCCCUAUGGAUCUGAAUGAAGUGGGAUUCUUCUGUAUAAAUCUGAUGGACAAUGUUGAUGGCCCGUUCCACCUCGAGAUUGAUUACAUUGCUCUCCUCCGAGACGAGAAUCACGAGGAGAAUCACGCGUAUGAACUUUACCAAGUGGAGGACUACGUCACUAACGUCUACUGAAAAACAAAAAUGUCGUUAAUCGUUUCUGGUGUGUGUGAUUACCACAAAUUUUUCACUCCAUUUUGUUUUUAUGGUAGAACAGGUACAUGUAUUUAUUGAUGUGAUAUGCUGUGUAAGCCAUGGCAUUACUAUAUAAUGGCCUGCAUGACAUUUGUUAAAGAUGAAUUGUAUUUGAAAGAAUUUUAAUGAAAAUCAUGAUA